UCCCUUUUCCAAGCACGCCCACCAUCCCCCCCCCUCUCUCCCCCUUCUUCUCCACCUCACCGCGCUCCGCUUUCCAAUCCCCACCUCCGGCGAGCGCCACCGGCGGAGAAGAGCGGGGGUUGGGUUCAGUCGAGGCGGCGCGAGGAGAGGAGAAGGCGAUGGGGCAGCAAUCUCUGAUCUACGCGUUCGUGGCGCGGGGCACGGUGGUGCUGGCGGAGUACACCGAGUUCACCGGCAACUUCACCACCAUCGCGGCCCAGUGUCUGCAGAAGCUCCCCGCCAGCAACAACAAGUUCACCUACAACUGCGACGGUCACACCUUCAACUACCUCGUCGAGGACGGCUUCACAUACUGCGUAGUUGCUGUUGAAUCAGUUGGGCGACAAGUCCCCAUAGCUUUCCUGGACAGGGUAAAGGAGGACUUCACCAAAAGAUAUGGUGGUGGGAAAGCAGCUACUGCUGCAGCAAACAGCCUGAGCCGGGAGUUUGGAUCAAAACUCAAAGAGCACAUGCAAUAUUGUGUGGACCAUCCUGAGGAGAUCAGCAAGCUUGCCAAGGUCAAGGCCCAAGUCUCAGAAGUCAAAGGAGUUAUGAUGGAAAACAUUGAGAAGGUUCUUGACCGUGGUGAGAAGAUUGAACUGCUUGUUGACAAGACUGAAAACCUGCGUUCUCAGGCACAAGAUUUCAGACAGCAGGGUACAAAUGUGCGGAGAAAGAUGUGGCUGCAAAACAUGAAGAUCAAGCUUAUUGUCCUUGGCAUAAUCAUCGCACUCAUCCUCAUCAUAAUCCUGUCCGUGUGCCAUGGCUUCAAGUGCAAGUAAGGAGGGUGGACUCACAGACCGUGGCAUGCCUCUAUGAUACGGUACCACCGGCAAAAAGACCAUAUGGUUUUUGUCCUGUUAGUCAUGAGUCCUGCGCUGAUUGUUGGCGAUCCUAGUAUUCCUGAUGUCGUGGUUGGUUGAUUGCUGUUGGUUGGAUAGCGACUGGGUCGGGAGUGUCGUAUAUUUUUGGAUGCUACUAUAAUAUGCAUGUAUAGCUUGUAUGCUACCGUCCUUUUCAUUGUGUUAUAUCAGUAGAUGUUACUACGUUUGCUCCA